UCAGCCUGGUGGGAUGCUAAGCAGAGGACCCAGACAACCUGUGUGUAGACUUCUGACCCAGAGAACUGUGAGGAAUGCAACAUAUUUGAACAGCACAAAGGAAGUGGAUGGGAGCAAGGCUAUGUUGGAGUAAGGAAACAAUGCCAGAUGGCGACGUGAAUGUAUGGCGACAAAGGAAGAGAACCAAAAAUACCUCAAAUAUGUGGAUAUUUUCUUGGUUUUGUGCCAUUUUGAUUAUCUUGGCUGUUGCUGGUGUGGACACAAUAGUAAAGACCACACCAUAUACCAAAUUCACGAAGAAGUCUGAGGGAAAAGAGAUGCCAAAGGGUCCAAAGCCAUCCAGUGGCCAACCUCCAGAAGAAGAAGAAACUCCCUUCACAGAAGCAGCUGAAAUGGCAGAACCAACCCCUGACCCCUCAGCUUUCAAUUCUGUCUUUGGUGCUGCCACCCUCUUCCCCUCUGAAAACCUCACUCUUGACACGGCUGAUUUCUUCUUGAAUUGCUGUGAUUGUUGUUCAUCUGGACCAGGGCAAAAAGGAGAACCUGGAGAGACUGGAAAACCAGGUUUUAAGGGAGAAGCUGGUGGUAUGGGGAUCCUAGGGCCACCAGGAGUCACUGGACCCCAAGGUCCAAAAGGCCAGAAAGGAGAGAAGGGACUUAAAGGAGAACGUGGGGAGCAAGGAACAAAUGGAGUUCCAGGAUACCCAGGAAAACCUGGAGUACCAGGUGGACUUGGUCCUAAGGGGGAUAGAGGAAAUAUUGGCCUGGCAGGAGUGAAAGGACAAAAAGGCUCGAAGGGGGACACGUGUGCCAAUGGUACCAAAGGAGAUAAAGGAGACCGAGGGGCUGUGGGUGCACCAGGCUUGAAUGGAGAGCCUGGGGCCAAGGGAGACAAGGGGGAGAUGGGGGAUAAGGGCUACUGUGGAGAUUCUGGGGAGAGGGGGGGAAAAGGAGAAAAAGGCGAGGAGGGCAUGAAAGGAGAAAAAGGUAGCAAAGGAGAUAUUGGAAUGGAAGGGAAAAGUGGUUCAGACGGGCUGCCUGGGCCCCAAGGUGAUCCAGGAGUUAAAGGAGAAAAGGGAGAGUUGGGUCCUCCUGGUCUUGUGGGACCUGCAGGGCCAAAGGGUGAACUUGGGAGCAAAGGGGUCCGAGGGUCUAUUGGGAAGAAGGGCUCUCGGGGCCUCAAGGGCUCCAAGGGGGAGGUGGCCAGAGUCCCACAGUCAGCUUUCAGUGCUGCUUUAUCCAAGCCUUUCCCCCCUCCAAAUGCCCCUAUCAAGUUUGACAAGGUUCUCUAUAACGACCAAGGGAACUACAGCCCUGUCACUGGGAAAUUUAACUGUAGUAUUCCUGGGGCAUAUGUUUUUUCCUACCACGUCACCGUGAGGGGCCGACCUGCUCAGAUCAGCCUGGUGGCCUGGAAUAGGAAGCAGUUCAAGUCCAGAGAAACGCUCUAUGGUCAUGAAAUAGACCAGGCCUCUCUCCUCAUCAUCUUGAAAUUAAAAGCAGGGGACCAAGUCUGGCUGGAAGUUUCAAAAGAUUGGAAUGGGGUGUAUGUCAGUGCUGAGGAUGAUAGCAUUUUUACUGGGUUCCUUUUGUACCCAGAGGAAAACCCUGGCAUUUCACCAUAAACUUGUAUCUUCAACACUGUAGUUUGGGUUUAGUGGAAUAAGUCAGGUAACAUUGGGUAGUGCUAUUGAAAAAAGUAAGCUUCACUUCUUUUCAUGAUUAUAAAAAUAAUACAGAAAAAUUAAGAAAAAAUUAUAUC